GAAGAGGGGAAGCAAUGCACCGGUAGAUCCGAUUUCCCGCGAGAUGGACGAACUAAAUGAAGAUUUUUUUUAAAGGCAAUUGUACCCUUUCACUAAAGGUUUUAACUACAUUUCUGGACAUGUGAAUCAAUGCUAGUUGUGUAUGAUUCAGUGUAACUAUUUAGUACUAAAAAGUUAUUAUUAGGGGCCUGUGUGUUAUAACCCGAGGUUUUAUUAACACUGACACGUUAGCAACAUGGACACAGAGUGCGUGUCGCUACUGCCCAGGGUCUGUGAGGUGCUGGCGGACUCAGCGAGGUCUCUGCCUGAUGACACCACCCUGGAGAAACUGCUGGACUGGUUCACAGGGUUCACCAAAGCUGGGGGAUCUCUGCUGGAAGCGUGCCCAUGUCUGCUUGAAUUUGUAUCCACUGUGGUUUACAACACAACCUCAGACCCCAGCGUCCUCUCCUUCACUCUCAGACUCACUGGCUUAAUGGCUGCCAGUGAGGAUGGCUUCAUAAUGCUUCAGGAGUACUCCGUUCUGGACCUGGUCUUCAAACUUCAGCACUGGCAAGAGGCAGGGCUAUGGGAUGAUCCGUGUAUACGGAUUGGCUGGAUCCAGGGCUUAUGGAGCAUGCUGCAGCAUCCAAAGGCUCUCACCUUCUUUGUACAGUCAGAUUUCAUUGAGCCGCUCUUACAACUCCAGACAGACAGAAGUAUCUUUGUUGCCUCAGCUGCCAAUCAAAUGCUCGCCCACAUCCUGCUCUUCUUUCAGCCACCCUUGUCUGCAGGAUGUAAUGGCAUAGGUAAGAAAGAUGGGGAUGACAAGAGAACACAUGCCUCCAUCACAGACUUAGACCAACCAGCCAUCACCUUGGAGAACAGAGCAGAGUACGCUGCUGUUGUCACGGCGAUCUUGGAGUACCUCAAGGAGUCGCUGGUUCCCAAAGAAAACACACAGCUGCAUCAGAGUCUGCAGCUCCUCAAACUGCUCUCCCUGCUCCUCACCCAGGCCAGGUCUCCUCUCCGGGACAUGUUGCUCCAGACAGUCGCAGGCUCUCUGGAGGAACUGGUGACCACAGGCUACAGUCAACUCACAGUGCCUCUGAUGGACGUCAUUCUGGCUGCACACAGCUCUGGCACUGAUGAACCAGACAAGCACAUCACCCAUCUUCUGUCAUCCAUGUUGAAGAUCAACAAACCUGCUGACCUCAUUCAUGCAGCAGCUGCUGUUCUCCGCAGGGGCCAUCAUGACACUGCCCACACUGCCUGGGCUGUGAGACUGUUACUGCUCCCCCUCAGCAUUAUUACUGGCCAGACUCUACUGGGCGCUGCAGGAGAUGAGCAUCACCUUUCAAUGGUGGAGCAGCUGAAGAGUAAAACAUUGUGCAUCCCUGUGGUCUGUGUCUCUCUGACAAGCUCACCACAGAUCACACUAAUGCCUGCUGACUUCCUUCCCUGUCCUCCUGUUACAAUUGUCACUGCAGUUCUGUCGUUAUUAAGAGUCUGCAGUGGCCAUGUGUCCUCGUCAUGCACUGGCUGUACUGAGGUUUUCAGGAAUGUAAUCGGCAGUGGCAAAGUUCAGAGAUGUGCUCUCGAUGCUCUGACAGCUUUCAGUUGCAGCCCAGGAGCAAAGGAAAAGAUUAGUGAGGUGUUGACAAUUCUGACACAAUAUCUGGACAGUCCUGACUCUGACCCCACUGUACUACACAAGUCCUACCAGGCCUUAGUAAAAUGGACAUGUGUGUGUAAAGACCUCUCCUCUAUAAAAGAUCAGCUCAGACAAGAUCUCAUCAGGGUUGUGAAGAAACGUGUGUGUGACAUGCGCUGGGAGGUGAGAGACUCGACUGUAGAGUUUCUGGGGAAAGCGGCGGGUGUCCUGAAAUCAGCCAAGGAAGAGCAUGAUGUGUUUGAGGCUCUGCUGGGCGGCUGCUCGUGUACCACUCCCCUCCUGAAGGAGGCGCUGCAGGAUCCAGAGAGCUAUGUUCGGGCCAGCGCCAUCUCUGCACUGGCCCAGACAUUGGCACACAGCUGGCAUCAGGGGGCAGCACUCACUCAGGAGCAGACCGAAAUUGUGAGUCGGCUCCUUGAAAUUCUCUCCCAGGACACAGAGGGAUUCGCCAGGAGAGCGGUUAUACAAUUCUUCAUCACCUGGUUCUUGUCGUGCUCCUCACACUCACCUCCAUCAUCAUCUACCUCCUCCUCCUCCUCCUCUCUCUUGAUGAACUCUGUGCACUCCAUCCUCUCUCUGGGCAGCACUGAUCUGGACUGGGAGGUCAAAGUUCACACGCUGGAACUGGCGGAGCUGCUACUGGAUGAAGCCUUCUCAGGUCACCGGGGUUACGGCAAGGGCUCAAAUUCACAUCCAGCCCUACUACAUCCUAAUGCUGUUGUUUCUGACCAGGCCUGGAAGUCAGAUUUGGUGAGCGCGCUGAGCGGUCUGGUCGAGCUGGGAGUCAUCUCAGUGCUGUUGAGUGGCCUGUUUGACUGCGAUAGACCUGUGGGUUUGAAGGCCUGUCAACUGCUGAUAACACUCAGAGAGACAGUCUGUCCUCUGUCCUUAGAGGCCUUGGAUGCAACUACUGCCAUGGCAACAGUCGCCAGAGUAUCCUGUGAACUGCCUGGAUGGGGCUGGGGCCAGGAAAUCAGAAAGAUAGUGAGGAUGAAGAAGAAUGAUCGGGCUAACGAGAUGGCUGUCACCGGAGCAGAUGAGGUCUGCUCCAAAGAACAUAAUGAGGCAGGAGAGCAUAGUGUGAGCGAGGGAGGUGAGAGUGUGUGUGUUGGUGUGUGUGAGGUGUUGAGGUCUCUGGGUUUAGAUGAGAGGCUGGGCGUCCUGACUCAAAGCAGUGACCAUGUCCAUAACUCUCCACUGUCUCUGCUGCAGGACAUACUGACUGCAAGUGCAGCACAUGCUCAUCCAGACACACAACCAGGGCAAGAAGUCAUAGUGGACUGUUACUGAUACACAAAUGCUUUUUCAUGACACAGUGUUGAAUUUCAGUUGAUCUUUGUGUUUUGGUACAGUGCAGUUACCGUUGCCUUCACUUCCAGCAGAGGGAAGUCUCAUGUCACCAAUCGAGUUCUGAACAGGCUAAAAACUGAGACUGGACCAGACCUGAACUACUUUUAGUUCCUGAUGCAGCUCUUCCCCUCCUUUGUGCAUCCAAACACAGAUACAGAUGGCGGGCACAGUCAUGUUUCUACGCUGACUGUAUAGCUAAAGCCGGACAAACCAGAUACUUUGUUUGGACCUUUGUCAGUAGCAGCUCUCAAAUUGAUGUCUGUCAUAUUGUUGAAUCAAAACAUCACUCAGUUCUUCUGAGACCUGUAUCCUUGUUCACCUAU